AUUCAACAUAAAGCAACGAAUUGUAAUUGUUUCUAAUGAUCUUUUGCAUGAAUUACAAAUGCGACAUUGACUGUCAAUUAUAUAUUGAAUAUUGAUAAGAUUAUGUAUAUCGUAGAGCUCAAUUAACUAGUCCGUCAACUUUCGUCGCCAUUCUAUUUACGUUAUGUUUCAUGUAGUAAUGCUACAUUGUAGCAGAAAUUAUAAAAUUAUAGUGUAUUUUUAAAAAAAAACGGCGCAUUAGCGGUAAUCAAUGAGGAACUGAUAAAAUAAUUCGAUAGAAUUUUGCCUGGUCAAUUGCGUGUUACUUGAUACCAGUAGCACCGUAAGCAAUUAUUUAGCGACAGAGCCACGCGACACAUUUAUUGAAAUUUAUAGUUUUUCUAUCGUUAUUAGAAUUCAAAUCUCAUGUAAACAGCAACGUGAACUUCAUCGUGUCAUUAAAUAUAAUGAUUCUUAUUAUGUAAUUCCUGUACGACACAAUGCUAUGCUCAAAAAACCGUGGAUGAAAUUUAUUCGAAGUUGUUACUACAAGUGGUGUCUCUCGAAAAUGACUGACAUUUCAUCGCCGUCUACUUUUACGAGUUUGCAUCAUGUUGGAUCAGUUUUCAGCAUUAUCAUGUUGUACACAGUAGAUCUGCUGAAAAGUUUUAUGUACAUAUAUGAAACAUACAGUUAAUACUUAAUAGUGUAGUACCCAUUUCGGACAUUUAUACAAAAAUCCUAAUUGAUGAAUCUAAUCAAAUAUUAUUUGUCCGAUGGUACUUUACAAAUUUGCAGAAUAAUCAAUAAUGUGUUGACUUUUGUAAAAUGUAUUGCUAGAACCAGUUUUGUGAUACUCAACAAUGUUUAUUGUAUACCUACAUAUGUAGUAUGGAUGACAUUAUUAUUCCCUGUAAAAUUUUAUCAACCACAAGUAUAUUGGCGGAUCGAAGGACUAUUUUUCCAUUGGUUGCUAGCAAUGGUCUCAAUGUGGUCUUGGUCUGCAGGUUACGAUAUAAUAGAACAAGGUGAUGAUAUACAAAAAAUCAUUAGUGAAAGAACAUUAGUAAUAGCAAAUCAUCAAAGUACCGGUGAUGUUCCUAUGCUAAUGACAACAUUUAAUGCAAAACCAAAUGUGUUACCUAAUUUAAUGUGGAUUAUGGAUAGGAUUUUUAAAUUCACUAACUUUGGUAUAGUUUCUGUUUUACAUAAGGACUUCUUUAUUGUAUCUGGACGUAAGAAAAGGGAGGAAAGUUUAAAGCAGUUAGAAAAACAUUUGAAAGAGUCAUAUAUUCCAUUGAAUAGAAAAUGGAUGGUUCUAUUUCCUGAAGGAGGUUUUUUAUGUAAAAGAAGGGAGACCUCACAAAAGUAUGCUAAAAAGAAUAAUCUGCCAAUUCUAGAAAAUGUUACUUUACCAAGGGUAGGAGCAAUGCAGACUAUAUUUGAUACACUUGGUCCAUCACAGGAAAAUAUUAGUUCAGAACAACAGCUAAACAAUAGACCAAGUAUGAUGGUUGCUAAGCCAGAAAUUAAUUGGGUUCUUGAUAUAACAAUAGCAUAUCCUCAAGGUAAACCAAUUGAUUUACCUACAAUUAUAACUGGUUCUAGACCACCAUGUGAAACAGUACUGUUUUAUCGUCUUUUUCCUAGUUCAGUGGUUCCUCGAGAACCAGAAUUAUUGUCUAAAUGGUUGUAUGAUAGAUGGGUUGAGAAAGAGACACUUUUGGAUAAUUUUUACAAGUAUGGAACUUUUCUUGGUACACAGGCACCUGCCAAUGAAGGUUCCAAGAUCCAUCAGGAUCCAUUAAGAUUCCUAGUCCUUCAUUUAUUUUUCAUAACAUCUAGUUACAUACAUUAUAACAUGUUUACGUAUGUACUAUCUUGCUUCUGGUAAAGCAUUUUAUGCUAUCUAAGAAAUUACAUUCAAAACAUAAGUAAAAUUAUAAUUUAGUAAAGUAAAAAUAUUCCUGCCUUGAAAAUUAUUUUUGAUGUUGACUAAUAAAACUAAUGAAUGUACGAAUUGUCAAUUCCAGGUGGAUGUUUAUAGUGUAAUUAUGUCACAGAUAGUUAAUUGCAACUAUUACUUUUAAUAUUACGACUUGGUUACAAAUCUGUUGUAUUAAUGAAAUGAACAUAACUAAAUAACAAAACCUUUUUCUUUUUAACAAAAUUUAUUAUAAAAAUUUCAUUAUCCAGUUUCUUCUAAAUAUGUUAUAUUUCAUAACAUUAGCUUCCAAUGUAAUUACAAAAAUUUAUCUGUGGCAAUAGGUAUUUGCAAAACGAGAUUACAUAUUUUAUUUAAAUAAGUAGUAAUCUAAGUUCAGUUUAAUCAGAGACACUGUUGGAUAUUGAUGCAUGAGCAAUUCUGAAAGUGUAAAGAUUUAUAACGUUUUAAAUUACAUGCUACCUUAUCUUAGAGAUUAUUUAAAGAUUUUGUAGACAAAUUUAUUGUAAACAAUACAGUUUAAUAUUCAUAUUACCUAUAUAAAUCAAGUUGUUUAAUAUUGUUGAUUCAACUAGAGAUAUUUAAUGCUACCAGUUGCAUGAUAGUUUUAAAUGUGCUGCUUAAUAUAAAUAUUGUUUUUCCUAUUUCUUCAUUUAUUACAAAGUGUGAAAAUAUGUUUACUUUACUAUCUAUCUGGAGAAUUUGGCAGCAUUUCAGGGGAUUCUCAUAGUAUUCUGCAUGUGUGUUUUGUAAUACAAUAUCUUAAGUAGAAUCAUCAAAUGGAAUUGCAAGAUUUAAUGGCAAAUUACUGCUGAUGUAGGAGCAGUGAUAGUGAAUACCAUUUCAAAGAAAUAUCAAGAUUUAUUUGUGAUAUAUGAUAGAAAAAAAAUAUUUUUCAAUGCGAAGUCAAUCAUAUAAAUUUUUUAAAUUACAUAUUAGAAAAUUGAUAUAAGUUCACAAUUCUAUGGGAAAGUAGAUGUGAAAUUUCAUGCAAACUAUUCACAAACAUUUGACAGAAAUAAAAGUAAUAUCUUGUAAGUUCUGUCAAAAGAAGUAAAAUGUGUACUUCAUUGCUAACUUUCAACCGGAAAUAAUAUUGUUACAUGAAAGAAGAUAACGCGUCAACUGUGCCUUGUUCCUAAGGACAAAUCUCAGUGUUAGUUGUAUAUAAGCAUAUGCAUAAUUUUCAUAGUUAAAUCAAUGCCUACAAUUAGUUUUUAAGAUGCUCAUAUUACAUCACUUUACAAAUAAAAUUUAUAAUUGCAUCCACAUAGUGAUAAUACAAUUAUUAAAAAUGUCCUCGAUGCUGCCUAUUUGGUUAUUGUAAUGUAAAAAAUACAAUCCAAAUUGAAAGCAAUUUUUAGACUGAUUAAUUCAGAACAAGAAAUUAGUUAAAGCACACAUGAUAUGGACAUUUGUUGCCAUGAAAUAGCUGUAGCAAUUAAUUUUUUGUUGUAUUUAUUAUUAAAAAAGUGCAUUUCGAAUAUGACAUGAAGCAACAUACAACUGUAUAACAAUCUUAAUGCGGUUAAUGUUCAUACAAAAUAAUAGAUGUAAAUAUUGCCCACAUAUUAAAAACAUUAAGUAUUCAUAAUACAUAACUGUACUAAAGUAUGAAUUUCUGAAUUUACAUUAAAUUUAUUGAUAUAAAUAAUUCAUGAAAUAUAUGAAUAUUUUUUUAAAAUUUAUUUUGCAUUUCUUUGCAUUUAAAAUGAGAAUACAGAUGAAACAUGUAAUUAAAGGAAGAAAAUUAAAUUUAAAGAUUUCUUAUUUAUGAAUUCUUUAUGUUGAAAAUGCAUUUUUAUUUUUUAAGAGAAUAAUAGAAUGUUACUGAUAUUUGAUACUUUUAUGCUUAUGAAACAUUAAAGUGAAUGCAUUAUAGCGCAAUAAAAUGUUUCUAGUCUCGAUUGCAAAUUUUAGAAAUGGUAUAAAUAAGUUUCUGAAUGUGUCACAGAACUGUAACAUAAGAAGAAAUGAUUAAGUUUCUAAAUAAAAUUUAUAUUUUGAAUUAUAAACAUAGUUAUGUAUUCUUUAAAGUUAUUUGGUUAAAUGUAAAGACAUGAAGCAAAUCUUGACUGUGUUGCUAAUCAAAAGUUGAUGAUUGCGAAUAAUGUAAAAACCAAAAUCUGAUUUAUUAUUAAGAGUAUGAUGAGAACAAAUCAACGUAAUGUAAUACUAAUUGCAUAGCAACAUAUACUUUGUUAUAAGGGCCAAUAUUUUUGAGGUAUUUAACUACAUUAGAUUUAAAAUAUCAUAUGUGGUACAAUAAAAACUGAAAAGUCAAAUUUCAUUAAUAAUAGGAAUCAAUGUGACUAAAAACGAAUGGUUGUAUUUAUUACAGUAAAAUGUAUACAUCACUUUAUAGUUACUGCAUAAAAAGUUUGUUUUUAUGUUGUGCGAAUUAUAAAAUAUAAUAGUGAAAUUUUCAGUAUUUUGUACAAAACACUUUUUAAUAGAAUAUCAGUAUAGUAUAUGCAAGCUACAUAUAACUGAAGAAUAAGAAGAAAUAUAAAAAUCUAAUAGAAUUGAAGCGAAGAAACCAUAAGUUGGUUGUGCCUGGUUGUGUUUUAAGUUUUCUCUUUUCUUUUAAAUAAUGUUAUUUUUGUGUAUUACAUAUAAAACAAUUAUUUUAUUAUUAUUAGUGCCAAUAUUACAUGCACGUAUUUAAAUAAAUGUUUUUCUUUUUUGUUGUAGUUAAAGAAUAUUAUAUUUUCCUAUUUAAAGCUAUGAUUAUGCUGUAUAGUAAUAUUGAAUAAUGAUAUUUUUAAUAUCAGAGUUCUAUGUAAAAGGUGCUUAGAAGCUUUUGAGGAUCUUUGAUUUAUAUUUAUAUAACACAAAUUUUUUGAAAGUUAUAGGGAGCGUAAUUAACAGAACACUGAACUAUUUUGUAUAAAGAAGUUACAUGAUAAUGAUUUUUUAAAGAUUGUUUGACACAGUCUUGUCAUUCACAUGAAAUGUUUAUCAUUAAGAAUAAUUGAAUCAUUAUUGUAGAACGUCUAAGAUAAAUAUGUUAUAUCUCAUACUUUAUCGUGAUACGACACAUUUUCGGAAUCAUAUUAUAAGCAUCGAUGGAUACUAAUAUUGAUAAAUAUUGUAUAAAAACAAAUGUAAACGUAAGUUCGCGUAAAUUCUUCAAAUUUUUAACGGAGAACACGUUGCUUGUAUUCCUUUCUUAUGAAAAUUUUAAUAAAAUUGUUGUUUUUAAAUAA